GGGAGCGGCUGGGCGAGGCGACGACGCGGCGAGCGAGGGCCGCACUGUCAUUCUUUGAAUCGUCUUGCUCCUGGUCGGUGUUGCGAUUUGCUAUCCCGAAGUCUCGCUCUGCGAUUCCCUCCAUUUGUAUAUAUCGCGUGCUCAGUUUUAUAUAUCUGUCUGCGAUUCCAGCAGUUUUUCGCUUAGUACUCUUAUUAGUUCUUCGCGUGGACAUCUUUGGUAUAUCUUGUUGAAAAUGGCUCCAAGACUGCGUCCGCGUCGGGGCGUUUUGGCUCAGCUGAAUCAAGAUCUUGUAUCCUAUCGGAGAGAGAGAGCGUUCCUUCUGCCUGGCACCAAAAUAAUUAACGUGUCGGCGACUCACCAAGUAAUGUACGAGCUCAUCGCUUCAUGCGAGCCCCAGCCGGAUGGCGGCGAGGGCGUAUGGGUACCAGUCGCGGGGCCGGUCCGCUAUGCGGCGGCGCCUAAUCGCAUGCGAUGCAAUUUCUGUGCCUGUGUCCUUAACUCGCUGGCCAAUUACUCUGUUCAUGUGAGGCGUGGAUGCCGGAACUUUGACCGGAAUGACCCGGCUAAGGUCCAAACGUUUAACUAUAACGCCAGGAUGUUUAAGUUAAUGUUCGGAUCUAAUCUGACGCCCCUCCCCGACGCGGGCGAGGUGGUCGCAGAUGAUGAAGUGGUGGAAGACUUGCUCCAAAUGCACUUCGUGGAGGAAAUGGCACGUGGAGAUGUCGCUGGUGCGGUGCGCCAAAACAAUCACAUCCGGGAGUUAGACGACGCCGUCGAAGCAGACUCGGCAGUGCUGCUGCUGUCUUUGCGCAGGGCCGCCGUAGCCGCGCGCGCCGGCGAUGACGAGCUAAGGAAGCCGCACUCAUUGGCCUUCGCCGAGGCUUGCAUGCGGAUCACGUCGAACCUUUUCUACUUGACGCAGGAGGUUAGCAGUGUCUUGCCACCUCCACCUCCACCUGGCUCGCCCGGCUCACCCGGCUCACCCGGCUCGCCUGGCUCACCCGGCUCGCCCGGCCCACGUGGCCCACGUGGCCCACGACCCAGCACCAGUCAGGCCAGCACCAGUCAGGCCAGCACCAGUCAGGCCAGCACCAGUCAGGCCAGCACCAGUCAGGCCAGCACCAGUCAGGCCAGCAGGAAACGCAUGUUUCAACCAACGUAA